AUGGCGUCUCCAUUUCCGAAUGAAAGCGAGCAAAUUCUCGCCAGCUCUAAGGGCGAACUUGACCCCAGACGUCCGGCCAAAGACUCCAAGACGUUUCCCCGUGGAUCCGGGGACCUUGAGCUCGUCUCUACUGACAAUUUCCGCUUUGGAAUCCACAAGUUCCUUCUCCACCAUGCUUGUGGCUUCUUUGCAGACAUGUUUUCUCUUCCUACACCUCAGAAAGAGGAAUUGCAGGAUGCUCAAGUUUCCGAGAAGUCACAGAAAAUUAUUGAGAUCAAUCUACCCGCCAAAAUUCUUCACGAAUUUCUUUCCCAUAUUGAACCCAAUGAACCUCAGCCGAACGUGGAUCCUGCUACGGUUGGACCGCUGAUUGAUGCGGCACUCUUCUACCGAGUUCCAUGUAUCAUCUCCUGGUUCAUCUCCGGUAUCUCAUCAGACUGUGCUAAUCGGGACACUCAAAAACUUCGCCCAUCCCUCCUUGCGACAAACCCCUUAUUGACCUUGGCUCUCUGCUACAAAGUCGGCAGCGAGAGCGGAGUCAAGAGCGCCAUUCGAGAGCUCAUUACCUGCAAAAUUGAUCUUUGGUAUGAGGAUGUUGACAUUGGUGGGCGUCUACUCCUCUACUGCCUUCAGCUCCGUCAGCAGAGGACAGCACUAUACCUCGAUCUCACAGACCAUAUGGCAGACUUCGAGUUCAGCAAUACUGGUAACGCCAAAGACAAAACUCGACCCACUUGCAUGUCGUGCUCAAUCACCAUGGGUCGGUGGAUCAACUCACUCGCCAGUGCGUCGAGUCAGUGGCCAAAGUGGGAGAAUAUUGGCGCAAUCUUCAACUCUCCUGUGAACUGUCACAGCUGUGAGCUCACAUGGUCCGACUACAAGUCCAAGGCCUUCACCAAAUGGGUCAAUGUCAACCGUCCCGAUAGGAAGGAGCAGCAUUCACCUGUGAUUCCAGAGUGGCUCACCCGUAACCUUGGGAUCAAUGCGGGUCUGGUGCCCUUGACCAGGAAACACAGAGGUGCCUUUUGA